GCAAUGCCAGACCUCUUCGACGAUAUGGGAGAGGCCGUUUCUGACUACAACUACGUCGUGAACGACCGCGAGCCCGCAGUCGGGGAAGUUCACGAUGGCCAGAUCGAGAUGGCCGACUUCAUGGCCGCGGCGCUCCGCCCCGUAGACGGCGUCCGCACAGUCUGGGCGUUGUUCGAUGUUCAGGAGAACGUCCCGGAACAGGAGUGGUCCGACAUCGUCAGAGCCAUCCAGACGAAGAAUUACGCCAGUUUGCCGCAGAACUGCAAGGUAAAUGCCCUGGCGCAGUACAAGGCCGACGACACCAUGACCAUCAUCAAGACCAUUCUCUUCGAGUCGCCGGCGCCCGUGUCCGAGGCGUGCGUGCACCGCCCAGGCCCGUGGAAGGCGAAGAAGGUUGUUCGCCGCAUGAUGCGCAGCAUCACAGGCAAGUUCGCGAUGUGGACUGCGUUGAAGCCGCGCUCUAAACAAGGCGGCGGCGGAGAGGGCGGCUCGUGGAACGCGCCAUCAGAUGAGUUGAGAGCAGGCAUUGCUUACAUCAAUAAGCACGCCGAGACAGACGACAGCCAGAACGAGAUGACGUUCUGGAUAUAUGACAACAUCCGCGAAGGGUCUGAUACGCCGAUCAUGGGAUGGCCAGAGGGCAAGGUUCGAUUCAUGGUGAACAACAAGGCGAGAGCAAAGAUGGGUUCAGAAACGCAGCAUUUCUACCCCAUGCUCACGAGUGACCUCAAGCCGGUGCUCGCCGACACCAUCGUGCCCAUCAUCAUGCCGUUGCUUCUGGAGAUCGGCAUCGUUCUCCUGGGCUGGCCUGGUCUUGGAAAGACGCCAGCGUUCAUCACUCUGGCAUUUGCAAUUGGGAGGUGCAGCGUCCGCAACCGCGGCGCUACAGGAAGGCCAGGUUGGCGCCGCGGUAAGCGUUUCGACGUUUUCCGCCACCGCGAGUUCGGCCAGGAGGAAGCGUGCUUUCUCGACGACGCUGAUCUUGGGAGCAUAGAUAUAUCAACCAUCAAGAACAUCCCCGACGUGGCGGAGGACACCGCGGCAGACGCGCGCUACAACGAUUGCAAGUUCCGCCAGAAUCAAAUGAGGGGCAUCGCAGACAACGCCGUCAACGAGGAGGACGGGCCUUCACCAGAAGUUGGUCACGAGAUACCGUUCAAUUCGUUUUACAAGAUGAUGCGGACUGCAUUCGCGGGCGCGUCCAAAGCUCACGUCAUGGCUAUCUUGAAGAGGUCCAUCGUGGGUGUUGGCGGCAAGCAUGGCUUUAUCUUGAGGCAGCUUAGCAAGGGCGAAGAUGCGCCCGUGUUCCGCUUCACAGACGAUGAUAUCGCAAACGAUUGGCUGCGGGAGGCGAACAAGCCGUUUCUCAACACAUUCAAAAAGGGCGCCCACACUUUGCCGCCAGAUUUGCAGACCCGCAAUGGGCAGGAGCAGAACAUGAUCGACGCGGCCCUCGCGAAGUACAACUUGCACACGCGGUCGGCUGACUACAUCCGCGACGCGAACGAGGAGCUCAAGAAGCACUUCCAACCGAGCCCCGCCGCUAUGUUCGACAACUUCAUUCCUAAUACGUUAGCGUCGGAGGAUCCGACGCCGCGAGUGCAGGCGCCCCCCGUGGCAGUGGCGGCUAACAGUACAAAGCGGAGCAGGUUCACCUCGGACUUCAGCGUGCCCUCCUGUCGUCGCAAGCUUAACAAGAAGACGCCCUCUUCCCCGCUGGCCCCGUCGCAGCCAGCCGAAGGGGGAAGCGGCGCAAGUGGGGGCGGCGGCCGCGCGUGA